AUGUGGAUAUUUUUCAAAAUCUUAAUUUAUGUUUAGAAUCUAUGGUAAUAAUGUAUUAAAAGCUAUAUUCAGAAAUUCAGCAGCUUUCAUCUUAAAUUGACCAUUGCGAAGAUAAAAAAAAUAAAAAGAUUUUAGUAAAUUAAAGGUAUAGAAAAAAUUAAAAUAUUUACUUCAUUGAACUCCUAAUUAAUACUCUAUAAAAUCUAAAAUUAAUAUAUGAAAUUGUUUUUUUAUAUUCAUAAAAUAAAAAACCAAUAAAUGAACUCUAGUAAUAACUUAGUUCUCAAAUUCAUAACUAAACUUAAUUUGGUAUGUAUAUCAGAACUAAAUCUCAAGGAAGAAGAGAUAAAUGGUUUCUUAAGAUUUAACUAUUCUAGUUAUUAUGUUUAGUAUUUGUUUUAAAAACAUUUUAAGAUCCAACAGAAUAAUCAGGGUCUGAUUAUGAACUAGAUAUUGAUAGAAAUAAUUUAAUAAUACAUAAUAAUAUAGAAUUGUAAAGCUUUUCUUCACCCUUCAUAUAAAGCCUAGAUGACACUGAUUAGACUAUCAACUAUAUCUAUUUAAUUUUUGGUUUAUUUACUUUCUUGCUUAUCCUGA